UUAGAAGUGUCUCAACAAUUCUAACGGGAUGAAAGCAAAUCUAAAGAGAGAGUGGAACAUCAUUGGAUAGAAAAGGAGACACUUUAAUAAAUAUCUAGGAACACAGAACACCAUGCAGAGUGUGAGAGAAAGAGCCGUGAGAAGAAUAUCUUUCAGUUUUUCCCAUGGAGGCCCAGAACUUGCACAAUGACCUCUGUGACAAGGGAUGUGUUUGGUCAAUUGCUCGGAGGUGAAGGAACCGUGGAACGAUUUUGCCUUCAUUCUAAAGAAGUCAGAGCUGAGGUCAUAUCAUUUGGCUGUAUAAUAACUCGUUUAGAAACCCAGGACAGGAAUGGAACCUUUUCAGAUCUAGUUCUUGGUUUUGAUGUGAUAGAAGGCUAUACAAACAAACACCCUUAUUUUGGAGCAGUUAUUGGGCGGGUAGCAAACAGAAUUGCCAAUGGUAAAUUCACUGUGAAAGGAAAGGAUUAUCGUUUGGCCAUAAACAAUGGACCGAACAGUAUACACGGAGGCCUGAAAGGGUUUGACAAAGUGCUCUGGGCCCCUAAGAUCAUAGAAAAUGGUGUCCAGUUCUUCUACAAAAGUGCAGACGGCGAGGAUGGGUACCCCGGCGAAUUAAAUGUGUGGGUGACAUACACACUUAUUGGCAGAACCUUGACUGUGAACUACAGAGCACAAAGUAAUAACACUACACCUAUAAAUCUGACAAACCAUUCCUACUUUAACUUGGCAGGACAGGGCUCUAGUAAUGUUUACGACCAUGUGGUUUCCAUUGAUGCUGAUCAUUACCUGCCCGUUGAUGACACCAUGAUACCAACAGGGGAGGUGGCGCCAGUUCUGGGAACUUGCUUUGAUUUAAGGAAACCAGUAGAGCUUGGCAGUCAUUUAAAGUCGUUUCAUUUAGAUGGCUUUGACCACAAUUUUUGCUUGGGCGUCACACAGGAACAGAAGCAAUGCGCAAGGAUCAGCCAUCCGCUAAGUGGCAGGGUGCUAACUGUCAGCACAACUCAGCCUGGGGUCCAGUUCUACACUGCCAAUUUCCUGGAUGGAUCUUUGAAGGGCAAGGCUGGUAAAGUGUACCCAAAACAUUCGGCAUUUUGCUUGGAAACACAAGGCUGGCCUGAUGCAGUUAAUAAGCCACAUUUUCCAAGUUCUCUUCUAAAUCCUGGAGAAGAAUACAACCACACUACCUGUUUUGAGUUUUCACUUAUUUAGUACAUGUUCAGGCUGUGGAGGUUAAAAGAACAGCAAGUUGGAAAAACACAAUUUAAUUUAACCUCUGAUUUGCAUAAUGAUAUUUUCCCUUCUUUAAUAAAUAUUAUGGUGCAAUGUAAUAAAAAUGGAACAAGUUGCUUUAUGUCUAGUUAUAAUUCAUAACUAGGGAUGCACUGAAUCAACUAUUUGGGAUUCGUCCGAAUCCUUUGUGAAAGAUUCAGCCGAAUACCAAAACGAAUCCUAAUUUGCAUAUGCAAAUUAGAGGUGGGAAAGGAAAAAGUAGGAAAAGAAUGUUUUACUUCCUUGUUUUGAGAUGAAAAGUCACGUGAUUUCCCUUCCCACACCUAAUUUACAUAUGGAAAUUAGGAUUCAGAUUAGCCACAAACAAGGAUUCGGCCGAAUCCAAAACCUGCUGAAAAAGGCUGAAUCCCGAACCGAAUCCUGGAUUCGGUGCAUCCCUAGUUAUUAUAUUAACAAGGAGUUAGCAAUCUGACAGUUUAUAGCAAUUACUGGCCACUUGUUCAGAAAGGAAACAUCUGAUUGGCUAGUAUGGGUUACUAGACCUGGGCAAACUUUGCACAAUUUGCUGCAUAAUCCCUUUUAAAUGUCUGUUUAAAAAAUGAAAAAGUGUAUAUAUAAUUUACCUUAUGAACAGGAAAAAGGCAGAAUAUAAAAUGGAUUUGUGUAUUGGCAUUUGCUGGCAUGUAAUUAAUAAUAAAUACUAUAUUGUGCUGUCUAUUAA